CAGAUAUUUUUUGUGAUGAGCAUGGAUCAAAAGAAUUCAAUAAGAAAGCUGUUUGUCCUGCAUGUGAUAACAACCUACCUGGAAAGUUUGAUGUUAUACGGAUUGAUCUGUCCCCAUCAGAGCAGUAUAAAUCUAUGGUGUUAGCUGGUCAAAGACCUGAAAUCAUAUUAGAAGUUUGCUCAAGGGCACUUGCAUUUUGGACCUACCAGAUAGAGCAGGAGAGAACAUAUCAGGAUUAUGUGUCUAAGAAAGCAAAGGAGAGGAAUACACAGAUGGAGCAGUAUUGUGAACAGCUUCUCAACAGGACACAAACAGAAGUCUCUAGUUUGAAAUCUCAAAUUUCAGCACUGCGGAGAGAAGUUGAAGGAACCAAGAAGCGAUACAAUGAUGUUUAUGAGAAACUUGUUGAGAAAAACAGACAGCAUCAAAAGCUACAGCUGAUGUAUGAUUCUCUGAGGAGGAAAUCAAUAACUGUGACCAACAUGGAUUCCAUGGGAGAAGGGAAUGGAGCUACGGGACAAGGAGGAUUUGGAGGAGGUGGAGGGGACUUCGAGAUGCCUAUCUCAUUUGUUGAAAGUAGGCAUUCAACCUUCUCCCCACUUUCACUAAUUACAGCUGCAAAAACGACCUUGAAUCUGUUGACUAUGAAUUACGAUUUCCACAAAAUCAACCGCAACAAAAUUUUGAGCAUGUUCAAAACUUUUCUGCAUGCAAAUUAGACUUGCUUGCACUCCU